CAACAGCUUUUUCAUUAGCCUUCUCAUUAAAACUCUAAAGGCUACAGUUAGAAACAGUCUACAUCUCCAAGGGAGUGAAUGCAUUCUCAGCUUUCAAUAUUUAGUCCUUAAAAUAUAUGUCUUACUAUUUGUCAGUCUUACUUACAACUCACGUAACAAUGAGAUAAAAAAUAUCAGCCAUUUGAUCAAAUGUAUCUUAUGUGCUCUGUUUUCCCUUUAUCUAGCAAAUCUCAAAGGUCGAAACGCUUGUACUUAGAAUGUCAUGCGUAACUUAAAGAAUUAACUUAUAACCAGUGACAAAAACAUGUGUUUAUGUUCUGUUGUUGAAGAACAACAGAUCCCCACUUUAAGUUCUUAUUAAAUUCAUUUAAACCAUUAGAGCUUAGAGGAUAGGCCAGAGAGCCAACUACUUGAUCAUCACAGAUUCACAGAAAUGGUGCAAGUUAAUUCAUGGGGGCACAUCUUAUCUUAGAAACAUUUAGAAGACAAGCCCUUGUGAAUUGCAUACGGAGUGUACUAUCCAUGUGGAGAAAUUGCAUUAAUGAUUCUUUUCCAGAUGCUAAAGACAGAACCAUGUGAUAUUCUCUUUACUAUUUUGUCCAAACGCUUCAAAGACCACAAGUUUCAAAAGACUUUUCAACACAUUAGAUCACUGGUCUUUCACUCUUUCUAUAUAUACACAUGAACCAUUCUUUCUAUCAUCAACACAACAGCUAGCAACCCAAUAACUUUAAUCAUUUCAUACAUCUCUUCAAAAAUUUCAAGCUUUCAAAGAGAAGAAAUAGAAAUGGCUUUUAUGAGAAGUCUACUGGGUGCAAAGAAGAUUCUUGGCCGGUCCGUCUCAGCAGCUUCCACGAGCAAAAGAGCAUCCUCAUCAGCACCUAAAGGGUUUCUUGCGGUGUACGUAGGAGAGAGCCAGAAGAAGAGAUAUGUGGUGCCAAUCUCAUACUUGAGCCAGCCUUCUUUUCAAGCGCUACUCAGUAAAUCCGAGGAAGAGUUUGGGUUUGAUCAUCCGAUGGGUGGCUUAACCAUCCCUUGUCCUGAAGAUAUAUUCAUAAACAUAACGUCUAGGCUCCAAUGAUGAUGAUUAUCCAGAUUUUUUCUUCUUCCUGAGUUAGAAAUUAGACUUAUUCGUUGUAAAGUAUAUAUAGGAGAUUUUUCUCAUUUCUUUCUUCUAAAGUUGUGAAAGUAAAUACCAUUUUCAUGUUAAACUAAUACACUUCUGAUGAAUCA